UCAGGCAUGAUUGUAGUCCACAAAUUUCUGAUUAAAAUGAGACAUCUCCCAGCUCUUCGCGACCUUUCUUUACAAAGUUAUCGAAUUUACAAGAAGACCCUAAACGGUCAUUGCCAGCUCAAAGCUACAGAAAUAAGAAGAAAUUAAUUUAGGGCUUUUCGUGUAAAUUCUAUAACUUUGUAAAGAAAGGUCGCGAAGAGCUGGAAGAUGUCUCAUUUUUAAUCAGAAAUUUGCGGACUACAACCAUGCUUCAUUAAGAAAAGUUUUGGUUAUUUUUCGUAGUUUCUGGAAAACUGGUUUUUCAGAAAAUCGGACCUUAAAGAGCCAUGGGCGCGAACCCUUUAGGCUUUUUACUAUCCCGAUACCCUCCGUCGAUCGAGGUAUGGACGAUUGAAAAAGGAGUGUUACAGUAGAAUAGUGUUCCUCGUGAGUUCUCGCCGUAAUCUUACUCUUGAUGCGUGUGUAUUUUAGCGUUGUUCUUUACCUUUCAUACUACGACGUUAAUAAUCGUGACGAUGCUUAUUAUGUUUGCUAUGAAAUUUGACAGUAGAAGGUGAAAACUGCACAAAUAAAAUUUUUUUAUAUAUAUAAUGUAUAAUAUAAUGUAUAUAUAAUUUUUAUGUAUUUAAUGUAACGCAAAGUUAAAGUGUAUGUUGUUUCUGUAAUUAAAGCAAUGUGAGCAAAGAAAAGCAGUUGGCGUCAUGCAUAAGAAACAUAAGAGAAGAAAGCAUGAUUGUAUUGAUUAAACAAAGAAUCUUGACAAAUGAUUCAAAGGUUUCUUGUUCAUAUUUUGCUUGCAGCUAGAGUCAUUGAUGGGGAUAAGUAGCUGUUUAUGCAGAUAGAUUCCAACGGUAUUAUAGAUGAUUUUAUGAUAGUGUCGUUCGCCCGGUGUAAUUUUAAGUUCGGACUGGCUAUUGACACCACUGACGGGUGUCAACUGGAGCUAUUGACACCAUUAAGCGUAGUACUGUGUUAGAAGCUGUCAGUUACACAACUAAGACGCCCACUCUUCAGCGAAUUUUUCAUAAAAUAAAUUUGAAUAUUUUUAGUAGUGUGUGGUGGGCGUGGUGUGUGUAUCAGAGUAAGUUCGAAAUGUAGUAUCACACAAGCGAUAUGUGCGACAUUGUGUGAUCUUGCUUCAGUUUUUCAAGUACUUAUGAGUCAUGUAAUUAAUUUAAGAUGAAGCUAUAUUAAAAGUGUUACGAUGAGUAGUUCCAGUAACACCAGUUGUUUUGUUUAUUUUCUAAAAUUUCCUUUUCUUACCAUCUGAUUUUGAAAAUUCGCGGAAGCGUCAUUCAUGGAACAGACGUGUCACGCUUAUUGACACCUUCUGACAUAGUACUGUGCGUAGAGGUGGGAAUAGCUUUAAUUGACACCAAUUAGACUGAGUUUUGGCACACUGGACAGCUCUAGCUGACACCUGUUAGUGGUGUCAAUAGCUUCUUGGCGACACCAUCUUUUAAGUUACUGCAAGAACCACAAGCAAAAUUUUGUUCUGAAGAGCCAUUUGUAUGAAAGACAACUAACUUACAUAGAAUAAUACCCAAAACGCACAUAUCACUAAUAUGAAUCAAUAAGGAUAGAUUAGACUGCAAACAUUUUCAUAAUAAAUGUCGUAUUUUGAUUCCGUUGUUGAAGGUAUUCAGUUUUCCCGCCUUAUAUGACUAGACACCAGAACAAGUGCAAAUUACGAAACAUCAUUGCAAUCAACAAAAUUAGCAGCAUUAUAAUCAAAAUCACAAUAUGAAGCUAUUUCGGAUGAUGAAGAUAUGGGAUAGAUACCGGUUCGUGCACAAGAUAAACCGCUCUUUCAUUCUCCAGUACCACUCGAAGUGCAUGAUGAGUUAGUAGUCCAUGUACAAGAUGGACUAACCGAACCGUCGCCAUACAAUACGAACCUAUUUCUGAUGAUGAAGAAGACCAAAAUGUCUUUCCACAACAUAAACCUUCGGCAACGCAUAAUGAUUUAGUAACACCUCAACGAACUGUUCGUAUAGAACAACGUCGUUCUCCGGGCAGUCACGAACAAUAUAAUCAACAAAAAAACCGUCGACGUCGAGCCCGCAGAUAUGAACAUGAAGUAAUUCGUUCAAUUUAUCAUAAAUUUAGUGUCACAAAAGUUAAACGUAUAGUUCGAUCCAUAAACAUUCGUUACGUCAAUUUUAAUAUAGUUGGACACACACUAUUCAUUGGCAUGAAAGAUGAACGUAGUCGAGCGCAGUUGGAACAAAUGUUACAUGAUAAUAUCUUUACCGAAUCACACUAUUAUCGUUUAUAUCCGCAAUAA